UAGACAUAUGUUAAUAUGUUAUUCUCAACUACAAGUUAUAUUUAAAUAUUAUCUCUCAACACAUAACCUUUUCCACACACAAUUGUUCCGGUUUUACUUAUGGAUAUACAUACAUUUUGAAACAAAUAAUUAAGUUUUAAAAUGCGAAUUAAAUUAAAAUAUACAUUUUUUGUUGUACUGAUAUUUGUGCAGUGUCAAGUCGGAAAUAUUUGUUUUGCUCAUACAUUUGUUAAGGAUGGAGGUACGACAGAAUAUGCACCUGAAAUAUUAAUCGCAGGAACAGAUAUUUUCGAUCCAUACUCGCGCACUGCAAAGCACAAUCCUAGGAUUCUAUUCGAAGGUCUCACCGAGCUGAAUCCAAGUAUUGUAAAUAGACUACAGGUUCCGCGCAAUGAGUCCUUAAAUAAGUUUUCUGGCAUUCUGAGCUUACAGCCGUAUAUCCGAAAUACAUCAAACCAAAAACUAUUGAACAAAAGUAGAUUAGAUAAGACUUUAUUUCCUACGAAACGUUAUUUGCCAACAAUGAUUCAUUUUGGAUUCGCUGAUUUUACCACAACCGUCGGAGAAAGCUUAAUCGUUUUCAUGCCUCUUUCUUAUAAAACGUCAUCUGAACAUUUUAUGUCAUAUGACAUGGAAACAAGUGUACAAUCGCUAACUUCUGCUUUCGAUUUAAAGUUUCCAUACAAAACGACUGAAAUAGGGUCGAAAAAAAUACAUUCAAUACACAAUUCAACGGUUGAUUCCUAUUCUACCUUAUCUUCAUUCACAGUUGAAAAAAGAGAAAACCAAUUCAACGAACAACGUUCAACAGAUAAAGUAUUAAAACAUUUACACUCCAGUAUCAUUGUCCCCUCAAAAGUUGUUAUAUCUCCAAAUUCAGAAAAUUAUAGUGGUAAAAUCGCAGAAACAGGCGAACAGGAAAAUUUAGAAAUUAUUUUAAGCCCGAAGAAAACAAAAAAAUUGGAUGUAUAUGACAGUAAUUUAAUGAUUCGUCCAUUGACUUAUAUAAGUACAGAAAUAUUCAAAGGAAGUGUAGAUGAAAACAGUGUAAACCCAGAAGUAGAGAGUGAAAUAGCUUAUAAUACAAUGUACACGAUUUAUUCCUACUUGACCACAUAUUUACACAAUCCUUCAAUAGCCCUUCUUAGUGAAAAUGGAAAAUCAGUUAACAGAACAGAUCACUCCAGGCAUUUUAAAAAUUCUGUAAAGAAAAAUGAAAUAGAUAGCUCAUAUUCCUUGUUUACUACUUAUUACUAUCAUUCAAAUAGCGAUGUGAUGCCAGACAUUGAGUUGAGAAAACGGCAUAAAAAUAUCUCAGUACAUCCUUAUUCUAAAAUCAAUGCUAAUAUGUUAGAGAAAAGUAGGCAAAACAAAUUUUAUGAUUCAAGCGUAAACAUGAUAUCGAGUGAGCCAUCUAUAUUAAUUUUACAAACUGGAUAUACCACACAUACGUACUUCAUAACUCGUUACUCUGGAUACGAAAAGAAUUUUAGGAGUCAUGUGGAAACAAAUACUGUAACUGAAACGAAGACGUAUACAUCCCUACUAAAAAAUAUUAAUACUUUUUAUACUUUACCAAUAACAUAUUAUACCACAUUUACAUAUUUUACAAAAAUGUCUUCAAUGUCACAGAUAAAUACAAUUAGUAGAGAAGAAAUCAUAUCAAAUGUAAUUUUUCCAACAAACACUUUUAAAAAUAGGCCAUCAGUAAAAACGGUUAUAAGCGAUCUCGAAGACAUACCAAAUAUUUACGAAUUGGGCACAAAUAGUUUAAAUCCAAUUAGCAUUGACGAAUGUAGUACAUAUGAUUCCACUUUACCUACAAUACAGAAUAACACUCUGAACUAUGAAGUCCAUAUGUAUACAGCUCCGGUGAAAUGUCAUAACAAUGCUACUAUAACAUCGAAUAGGCGAAUUAGGCGUGAAGCAGCAAGAAGCCGAUUUAGAAAACCCAAGCCAAUAGGCGAAUCAAGAUACGAAAGUAAUGAUAACGAGGAAGGAAACAAUUUAAGUACCAUACAAACACAAAACACUGGCCUAAUUCGAAGCAGAUCUGAUGUACGGAAUAAAAAUUUGGUUGCUUCAGCGCACAAUAUCAUAAGUUCGAACAAGCGCUUGAUAAGACCAUCACGCGUUUCAUCCGUUGCAUCCGACAGAUCUAAGUUUACUUUACGCGACAAGGGACUCAAAACAAGUACAGAGAAACCAGUCCAGAGAGGAAAUUUUCGCAAGCCUCAAGCUAUUAUAAACAACAAAGGAAGAAGGCCAACUUCUUCUUUCUCUACGUUACUCCCCGGAAAGCGAAGGCCAUCCAGUCCACCAAGAGAUAAUGAGUCACCUACGUCAACUGCGCGCAAUGUUGUAAAUCAGAGAAGACGUAAUUCUAAUGGAGGACGUCCGAGGAUGGGCUCAUACAGAGAUACAGACAACAAAAGUAGAAAUCGAAUUUCUCACGAAAUUAGUAGUGAAGUGGUUGGUGCAGACAGUAAUGGAAUCAUAACAGCAACAUAUGAAAUGCCGGAGGAAACUAUUUUAUCCACUGUAAAUGGAAAAUCAACCGAACUCAAAACCAUUGUAACUGCAAGGAAAAGUCUUCUUGUUUUAAAUCCACAACAAUACACAAAGAUACUUGGUUCUAAUGGACAAUUAUCCCUGGCUUUAGUUAGUCAAAGUUCUUCAAUUAACUCGAAAGGGGCAACUGAAUAUACACAAUUUCGUCUACACGAAAUUCAAACAACAUUUGUUACAUUCACACCAACUACAAUUCGCGGCCGGAAGACGUCGUUUUCAUUAAUUUUGCCAUCCACGGCGUAUUCUGUUGAACAUGUCGUUUCAACAAUGCAACCAAACAUACAAGCAGAUACGCCAUUAGCUAAUAUACUACUUUCACAAUUGCUACUAGGAAAUAUUGGAUUCCCCUCUAAUUUAUUACAAGGAUUCCAUAGCGAUGGGGUAACACAAUCGACGGAGUAUUUGACGCGUACAUCUACUUAUUUGACCACUCUAUAUGAGGGUAAAUCCACCGUACUACCUAUAACAUUCCAAGGCAAGAAAAUAUAUACUACUAUAUACGAUACCACAGCCGAAACCAUUACGGCCACGGAGUAUAUAACCGACACUAUUGUUAUUUCGCCUACACAUUCGCAAGUACCUAUGGUGAACAGUCUACUUUUACAACAACUGUUACUACCACAGUUAAAUCCUCAGCAUCAAUAUAAUUCUAAUUUCAAUCAAGUUUCAGCCACUCCACAAAGCUUGGGUAGUUCUAUGAGUUUACAAGAGGAAAAUGUAAAGUAUGCUUAUAACAUGGAAGUAGAAUUAGAAGAAAAUAUUGCGGAACUUCAAACUAUACCAGAUAUGUUAAGAAAAUCUGGUAAAAAACAUAAACGCAGACGCAAAGACGAGGCUAAACUUGAAGACUCCAGCAUCAUAACGUUAUAUGUGUCAGGAAAAAGGCCAGGUGAAUUUAGCACAAUUUUGUCAACAUUAAAACCCGAUCAUUCAUUACCAAAACGUUCCAUACAGAGUACGAUAGACAUAAAUAAAAUAAAAAAUAAUAUAAAAACAAAAGUUGAACCACAUACAUAUGGUACUACACAAUCCUUGAAUAGCGUAGUAGGCGAUGUCAAUAAGUGGUUCGUGGGCCAAGGACAUUGUUCUUCAUGCUAAUAAAUUUCUUGUUAUUUUUAAGUAAAAAUUUUAUAACCGCAAGUGCUACCACAUAA